AUGCCAGAACCGCUCGUACCGAUGAGCGGCACGACCGCGGACAAGUUCUUGAGCAAGCAGGUGUACAAGAGCAAUAAAAUUGCCCAGAACAUGUUCUCGAGUGCCACGCGCAAGGACAAGAAGGUUAUGCUGCCCCAGACGCUGUUGAAGGGCCUCACCAUCCAGAAGCUGUGGGACAACGUGUUUCAGGACAACACCGCAUUUUUGAGAAAGUACCACGGCAGCCGCAAUGAGUCGAAACUUGAGAUCGGCCCGUGGGACUACGCAGUCGACCACGGCAGCGGCUCGCGCUUUGUGUCGUUCGUCGCCAUUGUUGAGGUGCCGCGCGCUGGUACGCCGACGCCACUGAACCAGGCCCAGCGUUUUGCCUACAUCACCACACCAGAGGGAAAGCUGAUGCUUGCGUACCAGAUAUCGUCGCAAACGCCUGAAGUGCCGGCCGGCGGCUCCUUCCGCACCGAGGCGUACUUCGAGAUCACCGCCGAUAGCGCCGACAGCGACUGCUCCAUCGCCAUUUGGGGCAACUGCCGCAAGAUGAGUAUGUCUUUUUCCGCAAUCCAAUACAUAGCGACACCGCGUGCCAUCAAAGAGAUGACAUCAGCGUAUCGGCAAAUGGUGAACAUGAUUAGCGAGGAGUUUUGCGGCGGCGCGGUGGCGCCGGCUGAGAACGGCAGUGGCGACGCCGAAGGCGCCGAGUCCAAUGGUAACGCCGGCGACGGCGGUGGCAGCGGCGGCGAUGACGGCAGCCUUGGCUCUCUCUUCCAUGGUACGCUGCUGGUGCUGGCGGUGCUGGUGACGCUACUCGUUUUCAAUAGCACUCGCACGAUGGCGCGCACCUCUCAUGUAGCCAUGACGAUGCUGAGCCAGGAUCGCGCGAUGUGGGAAGGCUCCGGCGUCGGCGGCCGCGGAUCCGCUCCCGCGAGUACGGGAGGCUGGAUGUGCGAAGAAAAGGCGCUACUGACGGCCGCGAGGGAGGCACAGAUUCAGACGAUGCGAUAUCGCUGGAUGGAGCAGCAGGCGGAGAUCGAACACCUGCAGCGGACCGUCUCGCUUUUGAAGUGGAUGGCCUACGUGCAGGUGGCUGCUGUGGUUGUGGCGCUGAGCGGGUUCGGCUACUUGCUGAAGCGCCAUUUAGACUUAAACCCGGAGGUGUAG